AUGAUUGCAGGGCACGUCCAUCUGACAGACUUCAACAUCGCAGCCAUCGUAAAAGAAGACCUGAAAGCGACGUCCAUUGCUGGGACCAAGCCAUACAUGGCUCCUGAGCUGUUCCAAACCUUCGAGGGGUCCCAUCCCGGCUACUCCUUCUCGGUCGACUGGUGGUCGCUGGGCGUCACAGCUUAUGAGCUACUAAGAGGACAGAGACCAUAUGUGAUGAGAUCCAGUACACCGGCUAAUGAGAUCCUGCAGACCUUUCACAAGGUCCAUCCCAGCUACCAAGCAUCCUGGUCUUUGGAGAUGAAGUCUCUACUCAGAAAGUUGCUGUGCAUAGAUGUCCAGAAUCGCAUUUCCUGUCUAGCAGAGCUGCAGGAUCUGGACUACAUGUCAGAUGUCAACUGGGACGCUGUGCUCAGCAAACUGCUUCCUCCAGGUUUUAUUCCCAAUAGGCGGAGAUUAAACUGUGACCCCACAUUUGAGCUGGAGGAAAUGAUCCUGGAGUCCAAACCGCUUCACAAGAAGAAGAAAAGGCUUGCUAGAAAAACCAAGGACCAGGGAUCAGAUGGCUCCCCACAGAACGGUCAGUUGCAACAGAGAAUGGAUAAUGUCCAGAGAGACUUCAUUAUCUUCAACAGAGAAAAGUCAAAGAAAGCCGUGGACUCAGACUCCUCUGAGCUGACAAUGACUGAGAAGAACAAGGCAAUAGAGGAUGGACAGAACAACAAUGUGGAGCCGGUGGCCUUCUUAUCAGGAUAGGUCUCAAGACCUGAGACCCCUACGUAGUCCCUUAUCACCUGCACCUUCCCAUAGCUUGUAGAUCAGCAAUUGCCACCUAUGUUCUAUCAGCACAGGCACUCACAGGCCGUCCUUCAAUGUUCCUGCACCACUGCAUCGCUUCACAAACAAGAAUGCUUGUGCUUCACUGUUCACCAACAAAGAAAACGCAUCAAGAACUGCAGGAGAGAAAUGGUUUCUCAGCAGAGUGUCGCUCAUAUCCUGUUCCCUAACAUCACUCUGGUGCUCUGAGGCCUGCUCAACAUCAACUCUGGGCGCUGUGCUGAAGUGAAAAGUCAAUGCCCUGUCAAAAAAAAAGGAGACAAUGGCACACCUGCCCAAGCAGCUGCUUCCUUGGGUGUGACACUCAGAUUUUUAAUAUCAGCAGUGCAUAUGCUGGUUAAUAAUAGUUAUUUAAACAACAAUGGUUUCCCAGUGCUACAUGAACCAAAUAAGAAUUGGCAUAAGGAACUGGGUUGGCACCCUAUAUUGAAAAACAAACACUUUGACAGCUUUUUCCCUUGUUAUUUACAGGACUUGAGAUCCGAGCAUGACAUUAGUACAACGUUUAAAACAGAGAGGUCAAUAAGGUCAAAUGAGGCCUUUCUUUUUAACAGAGCAACCACAGAUUAAUCUUAUUGAAAAUGAAGAGUUGAACUGUAGGCUUGAGCCCGAAUGGCUCACUUUAUCAGCAGAAACACGGUUGUAGUGGUCAUUGUGCUUAGCUUUGCUAGUAAAGCUUAAAAAAGAUGGUAGGACUGCAACAUUGGUAAAAUGUCCCAGCUCCAUCAGCUGCAGAUAUCAGCAAAACCUGCUAAAGGUCGAAUUCAAUUUAUUAUGCUGAAAUUUGAACUGCAGUUAACAUAAAAUAAUCUCAAACAUUUUCAUUCAAACAAAAGUCUGUUAAGUCAGAAAUAUAUUGCUGAAUAAGGUAACACAAUGAUGAUUGUAGCUUUAACCUUGAAGGUCUAUUCUUGACCUUGGAAGUCUAUACAGUAUGAAGUGUAAGCCAUCAGAUGUGGUUGAAAGCUCUGGGCACAACGACUGGACCUUUCGAUUAUUUAUUUUGUAAAAGAGGUUUUAAACUCUUUAAAAACACUGACAUCUUUGGCUAAGCUUUGCCUCAAUUUGCAAAUGACCAGCGGCGUCUCCAAAUAAAGGUUUAUCGCUAUGAAAACUUAGAAAAGGUAACUGGUAGAUGUUAUAUGUUCUGCACUGAACCUUGCUUUGCACAUGCUUCUUCAUCAACUGUAGCAUUUAUGCACAGAGAGACAAAAAAAAUCUAAAGCUGUGAGUGACUAUACUUAUUCCCUUAGGGAUGUUUUUUAUAGACAUGGAUUAAGCUGAGACCUAGAUAACAUUUAUUUUUCAGUCACUGUCUGCAUUGAAAUUGUUGUCAAAUAAUGUGUCUAUGUCCUUCCUCUUUUGUGUUGAAUACAACCAAUUACAUGUACCCCCGGAUAAGCCUGUACAUUUGUAUUUGCAAUUAAUAGAAGAAUACAUUUGGUGACAAUAUUGUUGUGCAGAUGGUAUAAAACAGGAAACGUAGCACCAGCUGGAUAACGGCGGGAGAAAAAUCUUAAUUUAGAUUUUCACAUUCAAAGUGGUAAAUAAGAAAAUAU